AUGCACCCUCUCUACUCACGAACCUCUUUGUGUCUGCACAUGAUUGCUCGCGGGGGAGGUGCCGUCAUCACCUUGCCCGGUUUCGCGCUCGGAUUUGCGGGCUCGGCUGGCACUCUGACGAAUGAAGAUAUAUAUGGAGGGGAGAAGAGAGAUGGCCGGCCGAUGGUCUUGUUCGUUCUUCUUCCGAGCUCGCAGACAGCAGCAGGCGACGAGGGGUAG